AUGUCCAACGAAGACAAACCAGAGAGACAGCUGUUGGCAGACAUAAAUGCGCAGAUUGUUCGUGCGCGGCGAGCCCAAGUGCGGACAUCUGCUGUUGUCACACAAGUGAGUGUCUUGCAUGCCGACGUUGCGCCAAGCGCGUUCACGAACGAAGCUUUGCAGCAAAAGGACACCCUCAAACGCCUCAUUGAUGCUGUGCACUCGUCGUACUCCUCGUUGAAAACCGUCGCUGCGCAGAAUAUCAAGUAUUUCAUCAAGGAUUUUCCCGAACUUGAGGAUGACGCUAUAAACGCGGUGUACGACUUAUGUGAAGACCAGGACCAGAAGGUACGCAAGGACGGAUACCGCGCUAUCACUUCCGUUUCGAGGGAACAGAGGAAGUGGGUGAAGCGCAACGCGGACGUCUUGGUACACUGCUUCAGAGCGCUGUUGGCAGACGUAAAUGCGCAGAUUGUUCGUGCGCGGCGAGCCCAAGUGCGGACAUCUGCUGUUGUCGCACAGCAAAAGGACACCCUCAAACGCCUCAUUGAUGCUGUGCACUCGUCGUACUCCUCGUUGAAAACCGUCGCUGCGCAGAAUAUCAAGUAUUUCAUCAAGGACUUUCCCGAACUUGAGGAUGACGCUAUAAACGCGGUGUACGACUUGUGUGAAGACCAGGACCAGAAGGUGCGCAAGGACGGAUACCGCGCUAUUACUUCCGUUUCGAGGGAACAGAGGAAGUGGGUGAAGCGCAACGCGGACGUCUUGGUACAACUGCUUCAGAGCGAUGAACCGGAAGAGGUCGAAGUCGUCGAGCAGCAGCUCACCGAACACCUCGACAUGGAUCCUACUGCGACGCUCGGUGUACUGUGCGAUCAGGUUGCGCCACAAGACGAAGCUGCAGACGAAGAAGAGCAGGCAAUACGUGAUCGUCUCAGGGGGCUCGUUCUCAGUUUCAUGACCGGCAAGGCCAAGCGUGGUAUCAUGGAGCGACAUGCCAAUACACACGAUAGCCCGGCUGAAGUCAUGCUGGUGCAUGGGAUGUACAGGGCUAUUGCGAAGCUACCUCCUGCAGAUGUCGAAAUAGUCAUCAAAGAGGUCCUCCUGCCACUACCAUCGUUCAGCCCGCCGAAUGCUCCGCGGGGGGGUGAGUUACUGAAUGCUCUCAUGGGCGAAGCAAGAUCAGCGUGGAAGUCUGAGUCGCCUCAGGGCAGUGAUCGCUCUUCUAUCCCUCGAACUCGCUUCUUCCUGGAACUCGCACAUGAGAUCGUUGUGGACAAACGCAUAGCGCCUCCACACAAUCUUCUGCAGUUCUGUGUGGCAACUUUGGUAUCAAAGAUGGUCUUGCAGAGUCUAACCGACGAUGUGCAAGCAUUUGUCGUGAGAUGUAUCGCUGAGAGCUUCGACCUCAUGCAAGAGAGCAGUCCAAGUGAGAUUCCAUCAAUACGUAAUCAGCUGGUGGAAGCCAGCGGUUUACUUCUGGCAUGCUUCAUCGAGUUCAAACCCGAAUUGAAACAUUGGCCAGCCUGUGUGACUAUUUUGAGAGCCUGCAAAUACCAUUUUGAGACCUCACAGUGGAAGCCGUCGUCAACUGUUGUCUCAGCAUAUCAGAAAUUGCAAGAACAAGCUUCAAGUCGCGAGAUUCCGCAAGAGCACAGACAAGCUGCAGAAGAAGUGCAAAGCCUUAUCAGGUCACUCCUUCAGACUACGCCUGCAUCGCGUCAGUCGUCCGUACCGGCGACAGCACCAAGCCCAGGGGCGUCUACUAAUGUAGCGAAAGGUAUGUCAAACAAUGGCAAGCCCAAUGGCGGCCGUGUCCAAAUCAAGCGCAAGCCAGAGCUCCAGGCAGAGCAACAGCGCGCAGCUCACCGGCAGCCCUCAAGACCGCCAUCGCGAGCGUCAAUGCCGCACGGGCCUCAAGGAUCAGUGCAGCAAGGAACCGGAUCUCGCAACGAACGACAGCUGCCACCGCACCUGGUCGCGAGGCAGGCGGACCGCCAGCGGACAAGCUCGCCGGCAAGCGGCCGCGCGACGCCUGUGGGCGACGGUAUGUCAAACAAUGGCAAGCCCAAUGGCGGCCGUGUCCAAAUCAAGCGCAAGCCAGAGCUCCAGGCAGAGCAACAGCGCGCAGCUCACCGGCAGCCCUCAAGACCGCCAUCGCGAGCGUCAAUGCCGCACGGGCCUCAAGGAUCAGUGCAGCAAGGAACCGGAUCUCGCAACGAACGACAGCUGCCACCGCACCUGGUCGCGAGGCAGGCGGACCGCCAGCGGACAAGCUCGCCGGCAAGCGGCCGCGCGACGCCUGUGGGCGACGGUGAGCCCCAUCCGAAACGGCAGAAGGGCCUCACCAGCGAGCCGUCGGUGCCCUCGCUGCUGAGCCGAAUGGCGCUUGUUGUGCCGGCGGGAGGAACAAACAGGACGUCGCCCAGGGCAGAGGUAGCACCGCCAUCGAGUGUGUCUGCGAAGCGGCGCGCGGAGCCAGAGCAGCAGAGCCAAAGCCGGCCGGUGCAGCAACAGCAACAGCAGCAGCCGCCACAGCGUGCGCAGCCGGACACGAACGCGCCACCACCAGGCGGGUGGAGUAUCAGGGGCGCAGCCAGGGCGAGCAAGCAACCGACGCCUCCAGAAGAAGCGUCAUCGGCAUCAUUGCUCGACCGCCUGAAUCAGGGCGACACAGGAGGGGGAGGUCAAGCACGCAGGAAACGGGUGAAGACGUAG